AUGACACUCCCACUCCCGCUCCCGCUCCAGCUCCGGCUCCAGCUCCGGGUCCAGCUCCAGCUCCAGCUCCAGCUCCAGCUCCAGCUCCAGCUCCAGCCGACGCUGACCUGCCGGGGCCAUCGCCAGGUCAGGGAGUUAGUUUUUCCCAACUUGGAAGACGGGACCGGCGAGUAUGGCGAGAAGACCCUGAACAAGGCGGUGGAGAUGGUGAAAGCUGUGCCCGGAUUCACCCGUGGUUUCGAAGUGACGAGAGUCAGCAAAUCCAGGGUGGGCUGCAACUUCAAAACGGUCCUGUGGUGGGGCGCCCGACAAGACGCACCAGUCGUCGGAAAGGCGAGCUUAUCUGCGUUGGCGGAAGGAGGCAUGUGCCUUACGCACCACACGCCGACUUCAAACGGAAAGGAGCACGCGCCCCCAACAACGUUCGACAACGAGAUGUCUCGCCAGGACAUUUACGAGAUGUCCGACUUCAUCAUCGAUCUUGCUGAUUCAGGCGUGAAGACGGUAGAUCUCCACAAGACUGUUCAACAGAAGAGCGGGAAGAGGCUGGGCCGUGAAGGGAAAGCGUUGGUGCGAUGCAUCGUUGAAAAGCAUCUAGAGGACUCAAGAGAAGCCUUCAACGACGCCCAGGAGUUCCUGGCGCACCUGCAGCGAAGCAAGGCUCACCUUUGGUUCAGGGCAGACAACCAGAGCCGCAUUACGAGCAUCGCCUGGGCGUCUGACGUGCAGAAGGCCGCCGCGGUGCGCUUCCACUCCGUCAUCAUCACGGACACUACGUUCAAUACGAACCGGUACAAGUUCUCCCUCGCUCUGGUCGUCGUCGUUGACCACGAGAACCACAGCCAGAUUGUGAUGCAAGCCCUGCUGUCGAACGAGCGGCAGGAAUCCUUCCAAUUCGUGUACGAGUCGUUGAAGGAGCUCUGCGAAGGAGGAAGCCCAAAGGUGUGCUUCUCUGACAACGAUGCGGCCGAGACGAACGCGAUCGAGCUUGUCUUCCCGGGCACCGUCCACAAGUUGUGCAUCUGGCAUACGUACGGGAACAUCCGGGAGCAUGGGGGGGGGCUUGGGGAGGGUGUCCUCUCCGAAGUGAUCCGCAAGUUCAGGAAAGCGGCGUUCGCGCAAACGGUGGAGUAUUUUCUGCAAGCUAAGACAGAGCUCCUGGCCUUCUUGCCCCGAGAGAGCAAAAUGUACAACUACAUGGCAAACAACAUCUUCGGCAAAGGGCGGGUUGAGAAGUGGGCGUCAUGCGUCCACCCUGGGCUUCACACCCUCGGCAUCUGCUCCACGCAGCGAGUGGAGGCCAUGAAUAGUGCGGUGAAGAGGUUGGUCACGAGGUCAGGCACCAUGGUGGAGCUCAACCGAGCGCUCAUGGGCAAAGUUCAGGACGACGCAAACAAAACAAAGAGGAAGAGCGACGGAGGAAGGCUCCCCCGAGCGCCGUUGUCGAGCAUGUCUAGCAUGGAGAACGUCAAGCGCGGACUCCUUAAGCAUUUCAGCUUUGUCGUGGACGCGGUGAAGCACGAGCGGAGUAGCACGCACGCAAUCAAGGACACAGAGGCACAGGUCGUCGCCGCUCUCGGUUACAACGCCACGUGCCUGGUCAGAGGUGAAGAUGAAGCGCGGCUACUGCUCGACGAGCUGGUGGCCGACGCAGACAAGGCGAAACUCUGGUACGACACCUCCUCCGGAGACCUGAUCGACCCUUUACAAGCAACUACCGGAGCCGCUGGCGUCUCCAUGGUGUCCCGCACAUCCGUGCCCCACUUUGCUCACCUACUCCGGGACCAGAACGUCAACUCGGUGGUGCGCGUCAGCAUGAUCACUCCGCCGUCUGAAUUCGGCCACCUCGUCGCUCUUGGGCCCGACGGGUUCUUCCUCUGCACUUGCUUGCGGCAGCUGGAGCACGGCCUGCUUUGCCCGCAUGGCCUUAAGGCCAUGUGGACCGAGGGUGUCGACAGGUUCAACGGAGCGACCAUUUCACCACGGUGGCGGGAGAGUGAGACGCCGUGGCUGAUGGCCGACCUGGCCGCUAAGCCUGCGACCCUGUCGGCCGGAUUGGCGGCGAGUGCCGGCCUGCCGGUGGCUGUCAGCCAGCCGCCGCGUGUCGACCCCAACUCCACCGCCUCGCGCUCCGGCCCUAACGUGCCAUCAUACGCAUCCACAGUCUGGCGGGCAUCAACCGCGCAAUAGAGAGCAUCAAGUUCUUCGCCCG